AUGCCCCUGCAUCUCCCCCUGCCCACAAAGCCUGCCGCCGCCACGGACGCGCCGCGUGCGGUUGAGGAUACGCUGCGUGAGGCCGAGAAGGGCGCAGGCGCGCCAGACGGUGAUGCCCGCGCCGAGGCGGGCGCACCGCUGCGCGUUGAGGCGCGUGAGGCGGCGGCGGCGACGGCCCCCGGGGCGCUGCGCGACGUAGCCCAGCCUAGCGCGGCGGCCGGCGAGGAGCCCGGCAUCGCGCCAACCACGGCGGCGGCUGACGCGGCUGCGGAGGCUGCGGCAGUGGCGCCGGCGGUCGCACAGCAUGGCGCGGCGUCGGCUGAGGCGGCGGCGGGCGAGGUGUCACGCCCAGGAGCUGCGGCGGCCGAGCCUGCUGCUGGCGGCAGCGCGGCUUACGAGCUGGCCGCUGCCCCUGCGGACACAUUGAAGGCGGCGGCGGACGCCGCGCGCGCCGCACCGCAGACAGACGAGCAGACCGCUGCCUCGGAGGAUUCGUCCGCGCGCCGGGAGCUAACGCGUGACAAGGAGCCCGCCGCCGCCGCUGCUGACAAGGACCCCGCCGCCGCCGCGGUCGCCGCCGCGGUUGGGGCCGCGGCGCCGAGCCCCGCGGCAGCAGACGCAGCGGCGAGCGCCGCGGUGGAUCUGCUGCACGAGGCAUCAGAUGCUGCCGGCAAGGCCGGCGCCCGUGCGCUGCGCAUGGCGGCGGGCACGGCGGAGAGCUCGGCUUGCCGCCUGCGCGACGCCGCACGCGCCGCGGCGGCGGCGGUCAGUUCGAAGGCCGCCGCCGAGCGGCUGCGCGGCGCGGCCGAGAGCGCCGCGGCUGACGCGCGGAACCUGCGGGGCGCCGCCAAGCGCAACGCCGCGGCUGGCGUCGGCGGCGCCGAGGGUGCCGCGGCGGCCGCGGCGGCAGCCGCGGCCGCGGACGCGCUGAGCGGCGCGGCCGCAUUGGUCGUGAAAGCAGGCCCGGCGCCUGCGGUGGCGCCCGUGCAUCGCCCUACGCACGAGCCGGCUGCUGCGAGCCGCGUGCAGCCCGCGUCCACGCCCGUCGCCCCCGCCGCCGAGGCGCCGCGCCCUGCGGCGCCCGCACGUGUGGCAUCGGACGCAGCCACCGUCGUGAGCGCCACGGUCGCGCCGCCCGCAGCUGCUGCUCCGGUGGCGGUGGCGCCGGCGGGUCCUGCCGUCCAGGCGGAGGGCGCGGCAAACGCAGCGGCCUCAACAGCAACGACGCCAGCGGUCGCACCGGUGGCGGCGCCGGCGGCCAAAGCAGCACCCACCAUAGCAGCCGCGUCUGCGGCCGCGCCGGCGGACGUGCCAGCAGCCGCGCCAGUGGCAGCGACAGCUGAGCCACCAGCGGCCCAAACCACGGUCACAGCUUCGGCGACACCAGCAACCGCGCCAGCGGCCGCGCCGGCGGCCGUGCCAGCGGGCACAGUGGGCAAGGCGCCAGCGGCGGCGGCAUCAGCGGCCAAACCAGCGGCCACACCAGCAGCCGAGCAAGCGGCUAAACCGGCGGCCGUGCCAGUCGCCGCACCAGCCAAGGCACCGGCGGGCGCGCCAGCCCUUCCACAGGCAAAGGCGCCAGCCGGGCCCCCAGCGGCGGCACUAGCAGCCAAAUCAUCUGCUACACCAGCUGCCGCGUCAGUAGCGGCGCCAGCAGCCACGCCAGUGACAUCUUCAGGUGCUGCGCAAACGGUCACACGCGCGGCCACCCCGGUGGCCACGCCAGCAGCCGCGAAAGCGGCUGCGCAAGCGGCCACACCGGCAGCGACAGCACCAGGCACGCAAGCAGCCACGCGGGCGGCGCCACCGUCGGCCACACCGGCAGCUGUGAACGCGGCCACACCGGCGGCCACACCGGCGGCCGCACCCCCGGCCGCGCCCGCGGCCACGAAGGCGGCGACCACCUCAGCAGCCACAGCCACAACGCCUGAUGUGGCGGCUGCCUCUGCGGGCACGGGCGCGCCGAGCGUCGCGUCGGGACCGCCGGCGGCGCCAGACAAGCUGCAGGGCGUCGCGGCGGCGGCGGCGGUGGUGGCGGCGGCCGCGCGGUCAGGCAAGGCGAAGCGCAACGGCGGCGGUAGGGGCUUCGGCAAGAGCGCCGGACAGGCGACUUUGAAUGUCUGA